UAUAUUAAUUCAUCCGUUCACAUCUUUUCAUCGAUUCUCAAUUAACUCAGCUUUUUCCCAAACCAAAAAUUUUCAACUGAAGAUACUCAUGCUGCAAAUUACAAAUUGGCCGAUGAGAAAUGUAGAAGGAAGGACAAUCGGAGUACGGCGGUGAAUUUGAGAACCAGUGGAAUUGCAGUUUCGAGCUUGAGGAGGAAGAAGAAGAAGAAGAAGAAAUGCCGCUGACUCGGUACCAAAUUAGGAACGAGUACGGCUUGGCGGAUCCGGAGCUGUACAAGGCCGCUGAUAAAGAUGAUCCUGAAGCUCUUCUUGAAGGCGUUGCCAUGGCUGGCCUUGUCGGAGUCUUGCGCCAGCUCGGUGACCUUGCUGAGUUUGCUGCUGAGGUAUUCCACGACUUACACGAAGAGGUCAUUUCAACGGCUGCAAGAGGCCAUACUCUUAUGAUUCGUGUGCAGCAACUUGAGGCAGAAGUUCCUUCAAUUGAGAAAGCAUUUCUGUCCCAAACAAACCAUACAUCUUUCUUCACUGGUGCAGGACUUGACUGGCAUCCUAAUUUGCAGUCGGAGCAAGGUCUUGUUGCUCGUGGAGACUUACCUCGAUUUGUCAUGGAUUCCUAUGAAGAAUGCAGGGGUCCCCCACGUCUAUUCCUUUUAGACAAGUUUGAUGUUGCCGGGGCUGGGGCAUGUUUGAAGCGAUACACUGACCCUUCAGUAUUUAAAGUGGAAUCCAAAGCUUCUGAGAGAUCAAAUAUUGAGCCUCAAAGGGAGAAGAAAAACCGUAAAGUGAAGAAGAAAGGACCACGCAGGAGGAAUGGAGGAACACCAGAAAUUGGACCAACAUCCCAUGCCAAACUACAUCAAUUGUUCUUGGAGGAGCGCAUUGACAGUUGUUUUAAUGACCCUUCACGGCUUGUAAAAUUGAAGAAAAGGCAAUUCAAUAGAUGUGUUAACUCCAAAAAUGGAAAAAGCUACAUGGAGAAAUUUUUGGAGACUCCUUCUCCAGAGCAUAAGAUGGUUUAUGAAGCAUCAGUUGCUGAACCAACCUUGCGUUCAAUGUCAGAUAAUACCAAUGAACUGGGGCUUCGAAUACUUGAUAUCACUAUGGUGAGUCCUGCAAGCAAGUCUCCUGGAAGAGUAAGUACAUGCUCUUCAUGUAUAGCUGAAGACGAAGAAUUAAAAAGACCAAUCAACGGUGGUGUUUCUGGUGAGGAGAUUUUGAAGAUGCCUGAAUCAACUGCAGAUGAUGAGAUUGAGACGACUCCCAAUCUUCAAAUGGUGGUGGUUGAAAACCACUUAGAAUAUGGAGAAGGGAAAACAGGGAGCAGUAUAGAUGGAUAUCGUUCUGAUGAGGUCAUCAGUGAAGUAGACAAUUAUGUGGAUGCUCUUGCUACCAUGGAGUCAGAAAUAGAAACAGAUAAUGAACCUAGAUCUAAAAAUGUUAACCUUGGAAAACAGAGAAGUGAAUCUGAUGCAAAUGCUGAACACAUAGAAGCCCAAGCACAACUAUCAGAUUCACAAUCCUUCGUAAACUCCUCAGGAUCAGAUGAUGGUAACAGUUCAUUCAAGAGAGAGAGAUCAAGUUUUUCGUGCUCUGAUACAUUACGUAGUUUGCCUGACAAUAUUCAAUAUGAUUCUGAAGAAACAGCUAAAGUAUUACCUUCAAGUCCUAAAGCAUGUAUGGCAGAUAUUGAAAACAUGCCAUGUAAUACGGAUUAUACCUCUCAUUCUCAUGAAAGCAAUGCUGAUGAACAUGGAGUGCUUGAUUAUACUAGUGUUGAUGAAGAAAGAAUCUCAAAACCUGAAGUACCCGGAGGUCCAUGUUUUUUGGAUUCAAUUUCUCCUCAACCACUGUUAGACACAGAAUCAUUCCCAUCUCUAUCUUUACAGGACGAAUCGAAGUUGAAUAAGAAAUCAUCUACCAACCUUAUUAAUUCUGGUUCGAAGAUAUCAAGUACAGAGACAGACCCAGGUUGUCAUAAAGAUGUUCACGUUGAUGUUCCCUCCAAGACUACUAGUAGCGCUGACCACACAAUUCCAUUUGAAAGUUGUCGUAUUAGAGACAGGGAGGGUGAGGAUGUAGAUGCCACAUCUGAAAAUUCAUUGCAUCUUUCAAAUGUCUUGGGGCAAGCUGUUGAGAUUGAAGCGGUAGAAAAGGUAGGGGAUACAAUGCUGCAAAAAGAGUACCAAGAUGAUAGAACUAUUGACAAGCAAGCCUUGCCAGAAAUUGACCCGUCUCCUAGUUCUUUAUUUCCCGCUGAGACUUCGCGUGCUUCUACAAAUGAUUCUUCAGAUAACAAAUAUAAUUUAAUUUCCCUGAAAGGUGAUGAUAGCAUUGUGGCCGCUGAAGCAAAAUAUUUGCCUCUUGCAGUAGAUUUAUCGCAGACUCAGGCUUUGAAGGAUGACAACAUUUUAGUAGCUGAAGCAAAAUAUGACGACUUACCUCUUGCAGCCGAUUGCUUGCAGACGCAUGAUUUCAAGGAUCAAGUGGAAAAUGUAGCAGUUCAAGUUGAAGAUGGUAUGACAGAAAUUGAUGUAACAUAUUCUGAAAGGGAUGCAAAUAUUGUAGAUAUAAGAAGGCCAGCUGAUGAUGGAAAAGUAACCACAUUCACCCAUGCUGAUGAUACCUCGGAAGAACUGCAACUUUGUUAUCCAAAUGAUACAGUUCAUGAAAUGCAUUUAAGCUCACGAGACUUUGUUGAAACAGUUAAUCCAGAAGGUGUGACUUUGCCUAGCACUUCUGUUUCCUCCCGUGAUGUAAUUAUUUCAUCAGGUGAUCUGGAUCAUGAGGACUCCGUAAGUUAUAGUAAUUUUGCAACUGGAAAGGUUCGAGCAGAUGAGUUUGUUGAUUCUGUAAACUUUAGUGACGUCGUGACUGAAGAGGUUCAAGCAGAUGAGGUGGUCAAUUCUGUAAACUGUAGUGAAAUUGUGGCUGAAAAGGUUCUAGCUGAUGAGGUGGUCGAUUCUGUUAACUGUAGUGAUGUCAUGGCUGAAAAGGUUCAAGCAGACAAGGUGGUUGAUUCUGUAACCUGUAGUGACGUUGUGACUGACAAGGUUCGGUCAGAUGAGAUGGUUGAGUCUGUAGACUGUAGUGAUGUGUCUGCAGAGGUUCAAGGGGAUGGUGUGGUUGCGUCUACUUCAAUUGUAGCCAAGACUGCUACCAUCGCCGAAGUCACACCCAAGAAUUUAAAUAGUUUCAGCGAUGAAGAAAAUGUGAGCACAGAUAAACUUCACACUGGAGCAUUUCAAGCAGAUGGAUUUGAUUUUGAUGCUGAUCCCAUGACCAGAAAUGAUGUGAAUGGAGUUGUGAGCACAUCCUUGCUUGGUCUUUUAUCUACAUCGGAGAAUAUGAAGAGUGAUUUGCUAGAAAACCAUCCUGGCUUUGAGAAUCCAUAUCAAAAUCAGAAUGAAUUGAUUUCAGACUAUCCGGAUUCAGGGCUGAUUGAUGGCAUUCAUAAUUUACCUGUUCAUACGUGGUCGCAAUGCACUUCAGUUAUCGAUAAUCUUUCUUUUGGUCCAGAAUCUUUGGAACUAAGAGAUCUGGAAUCUGAGCUCAAUUCUUCCCAUCAGUGUGAUCUUAAUGAAGGCAUUGAAUUUAUAUCUCCUCCCUCUCUAAGUUUCUCCUCUGCCGUUGAGACUUCCAGUGAGCCAUUGCCAGGUUUGCAAGCUAAACACGAGGAUAUGGGGCCUGUAGGGGCAGAUGUUGAUGUUUCCAAUUCUUCACGCCUUGAACAACCAUCUCCAGGACAAUUAGAUGAGGAAAAAGUUCAACUGGUACAGCCUUCAUAUCCAGUCCAACAGGAUCAAUGUUCUAAAUGCACAACUAUUGAGGCAACCAUUCAAGCUGGACAUUCUCUAUCAGAGUUAUAUAUACAACAUCCAAUCGGUGAACUCGAUAUGACGGGUCGUACAAUGGAUACAUUACAGCCUGUCCUACCUAGCGACAUCCUGCUGCCUGAGGUACCUCGAGUCGAUUUGAAUGAGAUGCCACCAUUACCCCCUUUACCUCCAAUGCAGUGGAGGUUAGGGAAGGUUCAUCAAGCUUUUCCUGCUCCACCUAGAUGUGAGGAUCCACUUCACUCGAUAUUACCAUCGAAAGCUGAAGAAAAGAGCAUAUGUUUGGAAUCCGAGAACCCCUACACAUGCUUUCAAGAUAACAAGCUUACACAUAUAUCUGGUCACAUGGUACAUAACACAAUGCAGCCUCCUCCAUUCACAGGGCAAAUGCACAUGAUUACCAACGAAGUUUUCGAAUAUAGUUCUGCCACCAUGGAGAAACAAUACAAUAACCCAUUUUUUACGUUACCGCCAAUGCCCCAGGAAACCCUAGAGCUUGAUUCUCUUAAGUCUGGUGGAGAAGAAGUACAAGCUGAUUUGAAACUGCCUUCACUAGGACCGACAAACGACGACGUAAAUUGUAAAAUUGAUAGUGGAUCUUCAUAUGGGCAGUCAUUCCAAUCGUUUAGCAACUCAGCAUCACAAAUAGACUUGAAGCCUGAUAUACCUCAACAUGUAUCACAAGAUUCUGAAGGGGAGAAAAGAAAUUCCCAUGCUAUGAUAGCACCUCUAUCAUUCAUGAAGAACGAACAAUCUCGGGAUGAUUUGCCAUCUACUGAGGAAGAAGUAGCUUCAUCCUCUAAAACAGCUCUUAUGCCAUCGACCUCUGGGGUCGGUAUGCCUAAUGGAAAACCACCUACUAGUAGUAAGCUACUUCGUCCACGAAGUCCUCUCAUUGAUGCUGUCGCUGCCCACGAUAAAAGCAAGUUGAGAAAAGUUUCUGAUCGGAUACUACCUGAAAUUGGACCCAAGGUAGAUGAAAGAGAUUCACUGCUUGCACAGAUUCGAACCAAGUCCUUUAGUUUGAAGCCGGCAGCCGUAACGAGACCCAGUGUGCAGGGUCCAAAAACCAAUUUGAGGGUCGCUGCUAUCUUGGAGAGAGCAAAUGCGAUUCGCCAGGCAUUUGCUGGAAGUGAUGAAGAUGACGAUUCUGAUAGUUGGAGUGAUUCUGAAUAAACUUCACCUCCUUCAAUCCAUAAAUACUCCAUCGCUGCUUCGCCAUGAUCUGGGUUGAGAUUUCUCGUUCUCCCUUAAAUGGUAAUUUCUGUAGUUUAGCAUUCCACUUCAUCUCUAAGCUUCUUCAUAUAUGUAUAAAGCAUACGUCACAUGUCCUCUGGGUUGUCUCUAUUUUUGUUUAUCUUUUGGUCCCUUGCUCUGGGUUCAUGAACAAAGCAGUACCACCCGUCAACCGAACAGUAUACAACGUCGAGAAUAACAUACGAUACGAGGUAGAAUAUUAUCAUUCAACAAGAGCUGGACCAAACACAAUUCAGUGCUCCUGGGUAUUUGGUAUAAUCUUGGCAAUUGUAAAUGGUAUUGGAAUGGAUUAAAUUUUGAUAUGUAACAUACUUUUGAUGUAAGUUUUGUAAUUGUAGUACCGUCUCAUGCAUAUUUUUGUCUCACCCUGUUCUGUUCUGGCCUCGUAUAUUAUAAUGGCCACCUUUCUUAGUACAUUAAAAUUCUUUGCUACU